AUGUAUCCCACUUCUAUUCCCACUUCUCCUCGCCCUUCCCCUCCCCCUUCCCCUCCCUCUUCUCCCCCUGUUUCUCCCAUCAAGAACAAGCAGGUCUACUUCCUCUCAGCUGACCCUGCCGAUCCGAAUAUUCAUAUUCAUGAAUGUGCCAGCAGUGCUACAAGUGCUACUGCGAGUGCAAAGUCUAAGUGGAGACUGUACUCUGAUCAGAGAUCACAUCUCUGGUCGAAGAUGGUGGGGUAG